GAAGCCGCACAGCCGCCGCCGCCGCCGGAGGGGCUGGACUCGGGAAAGAGGAUUUGCUCGGCUGUUUCUGUCCCGGCUUAAGCGAGCGGAGACUCGGCCAGGGAAGACCUACUGCAAUGAUCCAGAAAGUUUAAUCCACUGUUUUGGUGAUGGAGCUAAAGGUCUGGGUGGAUGGUGUCCAGCGGGUUGUAUGCGGUGUCUCCGAACAGACCACAUGCCAGGAGGUUGUCAUAGCAUUGGCACGUGCCAUUGGUCAAACAGGUCGCUAUGUUCUCAUCCAAAGACUACGUGAGAAAGAGAGGCAGCUUCUCCCACAUGAAUGCCCUGUGGAGUCCAUGGCCAAGUGCGGACAGUAUGCCAAUGACGUGCAAUUCAUAUUGCAGCGCACAGGCCCCAGCCUCACCGAGAGACCUUCUUCAGACAGUGCUCCCCAGGUACCCGAGAGGACGUUUGUCAGGGCUAGCCUGCCCAUCAAACCCAGGCCGGUCGGCACAGAAGUGCCCAGGCCCAGGCAGCCCAAAAAAUCCUUAACCUUCAACCUGGGCCCUAUGGCCUCCAGUGACCUGCAUGCCAAGAACAAGCUGAAGCAACACAAGAAGGACAGCGUGGGCUGGAGGGAAGGUGCUAGUGGGGGCCUGCUUUCCAAAGAGGAACUGUUCAAGACCAUACUGCACCAACAGGAGCAUCUCUACUCCCUGGAGAUGCAGGGGGAUGCCUUGGAAAUGGACCUCCGGCACUGGGAACUCAACAGAGGCUGCUGCCAGGAGGACGAGAUCCUGCACCUGGAGCAGCUGAUUCGGCAAAACGAGAGUGAGCUGGGUGAGGAAGGGUUUUGGCAGAGUGAACUGCGCUCAGAGAAGGAGUGCGAAAGGGAGCGCCAGGAGAAAGUCCACACCCUGCGGGCCACCAUGGAGGAGUACACGCAAAAAAUACAUGAGCUUAUGGUGAAAACGGAGGCCUUGGAGAGAGAAAUUCAGUGGGAGAUUUCCGAGAGGGCCAAGAGGGCAAAGGAAGCCCCGAGGCAGAGCCCUACUGAACUAGAGGAAAUGGCAGCUAAAAUGAAAAGGGACCUGGAAGCUAAGGCCAAGCAGAGUGCCCACCUGGAGAGCAGCUUGGAAACUGUGGGGAAGGCCUUGGAGGAAGCAGAGCAGAGCCUUCAGGCCCAGAACCAAGAGCUGGAGGAGCUAAAUAAGGAGCUGAGGCAGUGUAACUUGCAGCAGUUCAUCCAGCAGACAGGAGCCAUGGUGACUUCCCCACAGCCCAGAUCAGAAGCGGAACCCCAGCUGGAUGAAACCAGCUCUGAGCUGCUGGCUCACCAGAGAACCGGAGGUUGGAACACAACUCAAAGGAUCUACUUGAGCCCAGCGCAGAUUCACCUCCCCGAGCCACAGCCAAGCAGUUCCUCGGCAAUCCACGAAACCUUCAGAACCCCCUGGUGUCCAGCUUGAACCCUGAGGGUGUGUAUGUUUGAACUGCCCUAAGCCUCUUGUGUGCUGAAAACCUGGUCUUGUCAAGCAGUCCUCCAGACGUCCUAAUCUUGCUAUAGUGGGGGGCAGCUUUCAUCUGCAAGGAGGUGGCUGUUUCUACAAACUCUUCUUCUACUCCUCAGUUUUUCUCUCCUGCCUUCUGUGCUCCUCCUCCUCCUCUCUCCCAGCUCCUUGAAUCAGCAGCUAGUGGCUUGGUUGUUUUGCAGGGGGUACCCAUAAACUGUAGCAUGUUGGGGCCAGCAGUAACCAAAGAGAAGGGAAGAGAAGCUGAGGGUGGGAGUAAGCAGAGAAUAACAGGAAGUUAUGCCUGCUGUAUGACAUAAUAGGCUCGGGCCAAGACUGCUCCACUGUGCAGUGGCGGAGAGAUCAAUAGACACUCACCAGUAACAGUCUGAUCGCUUGCAGGAUGGCAUUUUGUCUCGGAGCAGUUGCUUUAGCUACACAGUGCAGUAUUGCUUACUCAGCUGAGGAUGUUUGCUAGUUCAAGCCUAUUUAAAACUUCACUAGCAAAGACAAAGCCCUGCAUAUGCAAUUCGCUUGUCCUUCACCCAAGGUCACUCUGCCAAAUUCCUUUAAUGUCUCAUGUUUUAGUUAGCAGCUUAGAUUCCUAAAGAGUUGAUGGCAAGGGGAUCUUUUCUCUUUUAUACACUCUUACAGAAUGUGUGGCUGGCUAUCCCUGAUGAAUUAAUUGCAGCCCUUUCUUCAUCCACCAUUGUUAGUUUCAUUUGACAAAUGUAAAUUUUAAUCCCGUAUGCUGAGGAUAUGAAAUAUCUUGCUUCAAAGUGCACCAGAACUGGUCUGUACAAUUUUAAAAUGCUAGUCUGUACUUGCUGUCCAGCAGUGAGUUCCACCCUGCAUUCUGCAUGGAUCGGCUAUGCGAUCGAGUUCCCCGCAUAUGACAUCAGGACCAGAAGUUCCCAUUCCUUGUUUUAAAAAGACACAAUUUUAGCUUCCUGGUUUAGCUGGUCAGUUGAAACCAUUUCCUGGGUUAUGGCUGUUGUUGCAUGUUGACAGCUUCUAGGAGCCACAGGUGAGCACAUGAGUACAGGUUGGGAACCAAAGGUGAACAAAUUACCCUGGAAGGAGCACGAUGUGUCCCCCACCGGAGCUACCCCCCCCCAAUGCCCCGCAGACCCCAGCCCAGGAUCUUCAAGCACACUGCCCAGACUUGUGCCCUAGGGAGGUCACUUUGGUGCUGCUAUUGCAGUGGUUUGACUUCACCCCCAGAGGUGCACUCCAUUGUCUCUCAAGACAGGUGUAUGCCAAGAACUAUUUUAGCUCUGAAGGAAACAAAUGGUAAUUUUAGUCAGCCUGGCUGAAAACCAGCACGAAGUAUAAGGUUUCCACUCACAUCCUGCAAAGUGGUGUCAUGAGAGAGAGAAAGAGACAGACAGACAGACAGACAGACAGACAGACAAAACAUUUAGUGUUUUAUAAUGCAAUCAGUGCAUUCCACGUGUUGGCCCUAUGGACCUUAGUCAAAGCAACUUUGACACACAGCAAGGCAAGUAAUGCAGUAUGUCCACGUUGUCUUUCCAGACCAGUUUUUAAACCCUCGAAUGGUGAUGCUGGUGAAGAUAUCACUUUGUGGGAAUUAGGACCCAAUCCAUGGAAUAAUAGUUUGGUGAUUUAAUUGGCCAAUGAUGAUGGGCCCAAUAUCCAGUUUUGAACGUUUUUAUCUAUGCAAAUAGAUUUAUCUCCUGUUAACUUGUCCUGGGCAGGUCCCAUUUGUUUGAGUGGGUUCUGUUUUUAAAAAUGAUUCCUGUGGAAUGUUCCACUAGAGUGUGGUGGUGGUCCUCAUCCCAGCAACCUUCACUUUGUGGGCAACCUUCUUGACUGAGUCUAUAGAGAGGGUUAAAAUUAAAAGCUGGAUCCUCAAGAUAUUUCAGAAGCGAUCUAGGUGCAGUAUUUGGGGCUUUAAAUUAUCUUGAUUAUAGCUUGCAGUUCCCUCCCACCCCCAUAACUAUUUUUGAUGGCUAUGGAAUCUUAGUCUUAUCACAACAAAGAGCUAGGAAUCCUUUACAGUUAUAGCAUCACAACAGCCUUUCUAUCUAUUUUCUUGGCUGUGCUACAUUAAAUCAGAGUUGGUUUUCUCAAGCUGGUAUUCUGUUCUUGGAGAGUUCUGCAUAUUUUAAUGGUGAGAAUGGCUUCUGAGAAUGCUGAUACUUUGCUUUGAAUAUAGGAGCAAAUGAUCAUGAAAUUCUCUGUUGACUUGAACUAAUUUUCUGUGCUUGUGGUACAGAUUAGGUGGGCUUUCCCAUUUUGUGAUACUAUUACAGUAAGGUACACCUCUUAAAUUUUCUCGUGUGAUCAUUUCAGUUUGAUCACACUUUCAUGAAGAAUCUGUCGCUAUUUUUGUUUGAAUCUGCAAUUGCAUGGAAUAGCAUUUCCUCCCUCCCCACCCCUGCCUUCCUCUCUGUCUUCAUAUUCUGGUUUAUCAAACACUAAGCCAUCAUAAUGGGGUCACUUCAUUUAUUUUUAUAUGUCUUGCAGUCAUGUCCGCAAAGCAGAGCAUCUGGAGGUAAAAAGGCCAGCCAAGGAGGACUGAUUGCCUUGCGAGUAUAACUGUAUAGAAAUAAAACCCUAUUUCAUGUAUGUAUUUGACUUUUUAUCAUAAAUGGAUGGAUAUAGAAGGUUGUGCAAAAUAUUUUUACAGACUUUUUUAAAAAAGAACUUAACGCAUUGGAAGAAACAGACCGGUUGUAUUUUUUAUCACUACUACCCUGUUUGUUAUCAUUUAAAAUGAAGAUGCUGUUUUUGGCUUCUCUGAAAAUUUAUUUAACCUUUCUAUUUCAAAACUUCAUCACACAAGAGGACUAAAUGGCAGCUGCCCUGGAAGGGUGUGAAACCUGCUGGAGACAAAACUAUCCAGAGUGUAUACGCAUGAAUCCUCUGUGUCCAUUCAGAAGGUUAUACCGCAAGCUACUACCAUACAGUGAAAGGGUAUUUUAUCAGCCAGACGUCUUUACUGGACUGAAGCAACGCACUAUAGUGCUGCCACGUGUGCAUGAUAGCAGUUUUUACCUUGUAUGUUUGGUAUUUUGUGAAGAUGCACAUCUUGCUUUCUUUUUUAAGUUGGAAUGGGAUAAACAAACUGUUCUAUUCUUGGUGAACACAUAAAGAUGAAGAAAUGUUGCCCUGAGACAGAAUUUGUGGCCAUCAACAGGUCCCUUUCAUACUAAGGACAUUUCAGAUCUGGUAAAAUGGGAUUCUGGUGCUAGCAGUAUCUUGCCAUUUGUGCCUCGUGCCAAGUAUUGCACCAUCCACUAUUACACAAAGAGAAUCGGCUCUCUUCAUCCUGUCCAGGUAUAUUUCUCUGCAUAGUUUGGUGCAGGAAUGUAUAGUAGUCCUGUUCUAAACUGUUCCAAGGCCCAUAUGGCAAAACUAAACUUUUCCAAGCGGGUUUUCCCAGACUUUUCCCAAUUGUUGAUAACUGUGAAAUUACUCCAGCGGGGACUGCAAACUAAGAGAGUUCUCUGCUGUUGAGUGGCCAAUUCCUGGGUUUGUGUAUCUUGAUAUUUCUCCUUUGCAAAGUUUGCAAAGGCUGCUUUUUUUGUGUUGCAUAUGAGAUCAGCCCAAUGCUGCUCUUCAAAUGACUUACCUGUAGUGGCCUCUGCUUUGGCAAAAGCCUCUACGUCGUUCGGAGAGAACACACAUUGUAAACUCAAGUUUCGAUUCAGUGUGGCUUAAGAUGCUCAAGGCAUCUGCUAUAAAUUAAAAAAUGAGAACCCUAGGUCUAUACCCCUUUUCAGAUUUAUGCCAGUGCCCCACAUCUCCUGUACAUUGGCCUCUGCUUGUUGUGGGCCUUAUCAGAUGGGUGUGGAGUCCCUGUUCAAGGAUUUUGCGGGUGGGGGCAGGGAGGAGGGAAACGCAAAGCAGUAGUGGCAGUAAUGAGUUUAUCUUUCCCUUACAAUUCACAACAGGAAUUUCCUUUCAAGUUACAUUACACAGGACAUGCUGUUGAGCUUAAUCUGGGGAAAGUAGAAAACUGUGUGUGUGUGUGUGUGUGAGAGAGAGAGAGAGAGAGAGAGAGAGAGAGGGUGAGAGUGUAGGGGAGCAUGUAUAUAUAUGCAUGCUUGCAUGUGUGUGUGUCAGAUUGCCAAUGUAAAAAUUGGCAUUCUGGUUGCUGAAAGGGGAAAGAUUCUUCCCACCUGCAUCUCCCACACUCUUAGUUAGUAGCUUCUUGCAUUGUUUGCUAAUAUGACUUGGUUGGGUGAUCAGAGUAGACUGUGAAGCUGAAUGUGCCGUUCAACAUUAACUUCAAUAUGGGCAUGCAGUAUGUUGCUGUAAUUUAACUGCCUUUUUUUAACACUCUCUUUAUCUAAGCCUUCUUUAAAAAUAAAAUGGGAGACUUUAAACAAGUUAGAAUGCUGCUCCCCCUGCCCCCAAUACAUCCCUGGAGAAGCUUCAUACACGAAGUGGCAUUUUCACAUCAUGUUGAUGCUGGUUAUUCAGAAGCCUAAGAAAAGAAAGGAUAGCUUCAGAACUUCUCUGUUGAACACCUUCCCUUUAUGAGGCUAAUCAUAUACUACUGCAAAUAAUCAGCCGAAGCAUGUAAAGUUAUGUAGAAGAAACCCACCUUGUUAAAUAUUCAGCCUACUAGGUGGGACCUCAGAAGUACCAGUUAUUAUGUCUGAUAGAACAAUUCCCAAUAUAAUGUAGUCUUCUGUUUUACUAUCUUCUUAACUACUUGGACAUGGAUGGAAUGCUAUCAUUUCUCCAUUUGCAACUUAAACUGCACCCAUAAAGCUUCUGUCCUGCAUAAGUUCAAAAUUAAGAACAAAAAAUGCUGAGACAUUCCUUAGUUCAGUGGUAAAAGGUGCAGCCAAUAUCUUCUUACAAACUAGUUGGAAAAUAAUUUCAACAUUUUUUAAACCCUUGUUGUUUUGGUGCUUACAUUUUAAAAAGAGAGCUCUUGCUCAUUUUUUUUUACCAGGUCUGAGUGGAACCAGUAAUGAAUUUUUACUAACACUUUUAUGUUGCAAACCCAACUUGCUUCCAAACACAUUCCACAUUUUCUAGGACAGUAGCACCAAACAUCCUAGACUGUUGCAUUGAUGAAACCAGAUAGAACCCCUUUCAUUUGUAUAAGUUUGAGUCUAUUUAACAUACAUUAAUUUGGUCUUCAAAUAAAAAAAGGAUAAACUUUUAACUCCAAUUUUCAAAAUGUGUGAUGGAAGCUGCUUUUUAACAGCCGUGUAUGAUGGAGGGAAUGAAAUAACAAUUAUUGGUAGCAUUACUUGUUGAACUCUUUAUUUGGCCAGUUAAGGUGCAUCUUUUAUGUAUUUAUAAUGUCCAAAGCUGAUGUGCAUUCUCACUGUGAAACCAAGAGAGGCAAAUUGGCAUGGGAGGGUUGAAUGGAUGUUUGAGUGGGAGGCUGUGAAUGGCUCUGGGAGCCCUGAUCUUGUUUUAAAAUGUCUUUUGUGUAUUAUAUAAGAAAUAUGACUUGUUUUCUGAUUAGGAAAAAAAAUCCUUGUAUGAAUGUAUAUCCCAUGCACUGGCAUUGUCUGGUUUUAAAUUGUAAUAAAAUUCCUGAAAAUAA